AUGGAUUUCAAUCACUUGGACACUGUGAAGGAUCCAGUCUUGGGAAAUGGUCUCGCAGCCAGUAAAGACCUCAGUGCCGGAGAACCGAUUAUCAAGAUCAGUGAACCGUUUCUGAUCGUCGUCGAAAAGGACGCCCUCGAGAAAGUUUGCUCGUUUUGCUUAAUCGAAAGCGACGCCUCGUCUCUCAAGAGAUGUACAGGAUGCAAAGUCGUUCGAUAUUGUACGCCAACAUGUCAAAAGGCUGAUUGGAAAUUGAUUCAUAAGAACGAGUGUUCGCUCCUGCAGAGACUUCCAGGCAUUCCACCCACGCCUGUCCGAGCUUUGUAUCAAGCACUGCUUCGCUAUGUAAGACCUACCUUUGAAUUGGAUUCCCGCUCUGCAAGUCUCGAGCAUCAUGUUCAGGAUCUGAAGAAAGAUCGUAAGAGGUGGGAUGAGAUAGUACUCCAGGCGAAAGGAGCGCUCGAGUUUUCGAAGACUCCUGCAGAUAAAAUGGACAUGGUCACACGUCUGCUCUGUAUCAUGGCUACCAAUGCGUUCAGAGCCACUCUCCCAGACGACACGCCCAUUGGACUAUGUUAUGAACCAACCCUGGCUCUGGCAAAUCACUCAUGCAUGCCAAAUGCCUUUAUCAUGUUCGAUGGUCGGAGCAUAUCAUUGAUGACACUGAAUCCAAUCAAGACUGGUGAACAAAUAUUCAUUUCCUACGUCGACUUUACACAAAGCCGUGAUCAACGGAGAGGAGAGCUGAAACAACGAUACUUCUUCGACUGUGAAUGCGAAAAAUGCAAGUACUCUCGCACGCCGUACCGGGUGUGUAAAGAGACUACCGCAGUUCCAUCUGAGAAGCUAGCUCUCUUAUACGAUUACAAAACCCUGGUUUCUCAAGCUGACGAACGAGAACAUGAGAUCCAAGCCAUUCGACAAGACUUGAAUGAUCUCAAACAAGAAAUAUAUGUAGCCCAUUCUCUCAUAGACCUCAGCAAAACCACCGCAUCCGAAACAGAACGUCUCAACUUCCUCAAGCAAGCCAUAUCCGACCUAUCACUCUACAAAAACCACAAGCUCUUCGCCCUGCCACCUUACUCAACUGUCCUCGACGAGUUGUACCUGACAUACAUCGACAACGGGCAUUUAACCUCCGCCCUCAUACUCCUCCUAUUCAUCUUCCUAAACUGCGACAUCUACAACUGGCCGCAACCGAACCACCCCAUCCGCGUAACCCGUCUCUUCACUAUCGCCCGCCUCCUCAAAUACGCCUCAUCCCUCGAGCCCGCUACUCUGGAACAAACCCUGCCCUUUAUCCCAAGAGAAAUUCUCACAGGGAUUGAUUUCAUAGAUGCAACGCACACGAUUCUCAUCCUCGUGAAUGAGUUAGCGCCGCUGAGUCAUGGCCAGGGAACAAGGUUUAUAGGGCAGGUUGAGCUGGAGUUGAGGGAAGUGGAGGAGGUGCAGAGGUUAAGGGGUGGUGUAGGAAAGGCGUUGCAAAAGUGGCAAAGUGAGGGUAAUACUGCGGUGGAUGGGAGGAAUAUUGCGUCGCAGAUAUUUACUGGGCUGAAGACUUUGGCUGGGUUUGCGUUUGAGGUUAUUGGGAAGCAAAACCUUUAA